AUGGACGUGCCUGGCAUCGCUUUAAUCACCGGAGCAGCCUCGGGAAUCGGCCGAGCGUGCGCAGAAGGAUUUGCCCGGGAAGGCGCAUCGGGCAUCGCAUUGCUGGACGUGAAUGCGGAUGCAUUGGCUUCAGUCAAAGCCGCGAUCGAGCAAAGCCAUGCCGCAAGUGGAAGGGCCACGUGCAAGAUCGAGAUUUACCCGGUCGACGUAUCCAAGGAGGCCCAGGUAGACGCGGCGGUGGACCGGAUAGUCGCGACCUUUGGACGGUUGGACUACGUCGUCAACGCGGCCGGCAUUACAAUCAAACACCCUGGUGGUGCGGCGUUCGCGACGACUGAAGACUGGAAUCGAGUGAUGGAAGUCAACGUGAACGGCACCUUCUUCGUCUUACGCGCUGCGGCACGGCACAUGCUCAAACAAGAGCCCAUCCUGUCCAGCAUCCACGGCCGACCGUUGCAGCGAGGCUCCAUCGUCAACUUCUCCUCCAUUCUGGGCGUCAUUGGCAUUACACUCUCUACCGCGUACACCACCGCAAAGCACGCGAUCGUCGGCCUCACCCGUACGGCUUCCGAGGACUACGCAAAGGACGGGCUGCGUAUCAAUGCCAUCGGACCAGGCUAUACGGAGACGCCGAUGGUGACGCAGAACCCCCGAGUCAUGGAAGCGAUGCUGGAGCGAGUCGAAACUGCGGUGCCUAUGAAGCGCAUGGGCCGGCCGGACGAGAUUGCCGAUGGCGUGUUGUAUCUCGCUGGGGGGCGGAGCUCGUUUGUCACUGGAUCGAUUCUCAUGGUAGACGGCGGGUAUACGUCGCGGUAA